AUGGGACAUGAGGAGCAUGGAGGGACUUGGCACAUGGACGCAGCUCAACUGGAUACGCAAAGGAAGAAGGGAGAAGCCAUCUUGAAGACCAGCUCGACCGUUGAUGUCUUUUGGAGCAUUCUGGAGCAUAUGGGACACAAGGAGCAUGGAGGGACUUGGCACAUGGAAGCAGCUCAACUGGAUACGCAAAGGAAGAAGGGAGAAGCCAUCUUGAAGACCAGCUCGACCGUCCUACUCGACCAACCGGUCGAGUUCCUCAACUCGACCGGCCAAGCUUCAACUCGAUCGAGCUGGAAGUCAAAGUCAAACCCGAAAAAUGUUGCUUCCCCCUUGACUUUCCUUUGA